UUACAGCAGAAAGCACGGAGAGAGGAACUCCGACAGCGGGGCAGGAAUCCAAAGCCAGCUGUGAAGCCCAGGCCUGUCUUUCAUUGGAUCUAGUCUUGCUGUUGGCAUCGGAUUGAGGGUCCUGCAGGAGGAAAGAGUGGCAGCAACCUCUGAUCGACCUUUCAGCCCAGCCUUCAUGUCUCUCAUGGACAAACACAAAGUGAAGAGGCAGCGCCUGGAUCGCAUCUUCGAAGGCAUUCGACCUCCCAUCAUGAACGGGCCCAUGCACCCGCGUCCGCUGGUGGCCUUGCUGGAUGGCCGGGACUGCACAGUGGAGAUGCCAAUCCUCAAAGACGUGGCCACCGUGGCCUUCUGCGAUGCACAGUCCACACAGGAGAUACAUGAAAAGGUACUGAAUGAAGCAGUGGGGGCUUUAAUGUAUCACACCAUCACAUUAACACGGGAAGACUUGGAAAAAUUCAAAGCACUUAGAAUAAUAGUCCGAAUUGGCAGCGGGUUCGAUAACAUCGACAUCAAGUCUGCUGGAGACCUAGGGAUCGCAGUGUGCAACAUGCCCGCCGCCUCGGUGGAGGAGACGGCCGACUCCACCAUGUGCCAAAUCCUCAACCUGUACAGACGGACCACCUGGCUGCACCAGGCACUGCGGGAGGGCACGCGGGUCCAGAGCGUGGAGCAGAUACGGGAGGUGUCGUCGGGAGCCGCCCGCAUCCGGGGAGAGACCCUGGGGAUCAUUGGCCUUGGGCGUGUUGGGCAGGCUGUAGCGCUGAGAGCCAAAGCAUUUGGAUUUAGUGUGAUUUUCUAUGACCCCUACCUCUCUGAUGGGAUCGAGAGGGCACUGGGACUCCAGAGAGUGAAUACUUUACAGGAUCUGCUGUUUCACAGUGACUGCGUGACACUGCACUGCAGCCUGAAUGAGCACAACCACCACCUAAUUAACGACUUCACCAUCAAACAGAUGCGACAGGGUGCAUUCCUGGUGAACACAGCUCGGGGAGGCCUGGUCGAUGAGAAGGCUCUUGCUCAAGCUCUGAAAGAAGGAAGGAUACGAGGGGCAGCACUGGAUGUUCACGAAACAGAGCCCUUCAGUUUCAGCCAAGGCCCUCUGAAAGAUGCCCCAAACCUGAUCUGUACUCCCCAUGCUGCCUGGUACAGUGAACAGGCCUCCAUAGAAAUGAGAGAAGAGGCAGCCAGGGAGAUUCGCAGGGCUGUUACAGGUCGCAUUCCAGACAGCCUGAAGAAUUGUGUCAAUAAAGACUAUCUGACUCAGGCCACACACUGGGCCAGCAUGGACCCUACAGUUGUACACCCAGAGCUCAAUGGCGCAUACAGGUACCCUCCUGGUGUUGUGAGUUUGGCCCCUGGGGGCCUCCCUUCAGCCGUUGAAGGAAUCGUUCCUAGUGCGAUGCCUUUAUCACACGGCCUGCCCACCGUAGCCCACCCUCCCCACGCCCCCUCCCCUGGCCAGACAGGCAAGCCGGAAGCCGACAGAGAGCAGCACCCCAGUGAUCAAUUGUAGCCCCGUGAAGCCUCCCUGUUCUGUCACAGAGCACUCCCCUCAUUGCAGAGAAGCGGGAAAUACCUGGGUUACAGGCAGCAGCGACGAAACCAUGAACUAAUGGGAGUCGAGAUUUUAGAAACUGGUCCAACGAUAUUAUGGCGAAGUUUAUCUUUUAAACAUUUUUUUUUUGUGCGGGAGAAGAAAAGAUUUGGAUUUGGAAUUGAAAUGAAAGGAAAAAAAAAAUCCUCCGUAUAAAUUGUAGUUUGUCCCUGUCCAGUGGACUGAUUUAACUGUUUCUGUGUCCUAUGGGUUCCUUGUUAAGCAAGAGUAGUUAAUUAUAUCAUGAAUGUAAUCUGUCUGUGUACAGUUUUUAGAACAUUAAAAGGGUUUGUUUGCUUAGCGGUCAAACAGAAAAAAAACACAAAAAGGUAGGCGUUCAACCACCUGAUUUUAAAGACAACAAUAACAACAAAUCUUUGUUUUUAUAUGUUUCAACGCCCAAAAAGAGGCAGUUUUGCAAACUUUCUCAGGAAAUUAAAUUUUUUCCCUCGUCUUUUCCUUUAUAUGCCACACAGUGCAUUGUUUUUGUACCUGCUUGUCUUAUUUUUUUAGAAUAAUUUAGAAGAAACAAAAAAUCACUUUUGUUUAUGUUUUAGUUUCUGUUUUGGUGGGGACAUGGAUUCCCUAAGUUUUAACUUCUGGAUUAAGCUGUUAAAGACAAAAUAAUUUGGGGGAAAUAAAUGAUGUCUCGUACCAAUCUGGCACUAUGCUUGUAUCACCUGUUUAAGUGUGCUCCAUCGGUGGUAAUGCGUCCAAGAAACAGCACUAGACUACUGAAAGGUAGCAGCAUUUCAUUGCCUACAUCGGUUCCCUCCUGGUAAAGUGGUAGGCUAGCAAUAUUUUUUGGUCAAGAAAGACAAAACAAAAACAUGUUUGUGACUGUAUCCAUUUGUAUGAAUUAUUUUAAAACAAAUAAAAAUCUCAGUUAAAGGUCCAAGUUGUGACUUUGU